AUUGUGCCUCUGUCUCUUCACCGCCACCACUCAAGCACCAGUUUUUAUUGCCCUUAAAAAAAUGAAAAAGAAAUAUUAAACAAAUAUUUUAAAUUUUAAAAAAAAAAAAUAGUAUCCACUUCUCAUUCUGAGCCAGAGAGAGGAGAAACAGAGGGAGACAUGGAGACUGCGAUUCGUGGGGGAAUAGCUCUCUCACCUAAUCAAGUCUUUAGCCCUAAAUCAGGAGACAAACAUUCUCUUUGUAGAGGACCAUGGAUCAACCGAGGGAUUCUCAGGGCUUUAUCAGCUGCAAGAUCAGGUAAAGGAGGUGGGUUAUUGGAGAGGCCAACUAUAGAGAAAACCACUCCUGGCCGUGAAUCUGAGUUUGAUUUGAGGAAAUCAAGGAAAACAGCUCCACCUUAUCGUGUGAUACUGCACAAUGACAACUAUAAUAAAAGAGAAUAUGUUGUCCAAGUACUGAUGAAGGUUAUCCCUGGAAUGACUCUUGAUAAUGCAGUUAACAUAAUGCAAGAAGCACAUUACAAUGGCUUGUCAGUGGUGAUUAUUUGUGCUCAGGCUGAUGCUGAAGAGCAUUGCAUGCAGCUGAGGGGUAAUGGACUUCUGAGUUCAAUAGAGCCUGCGAGUGGUGGGUGUUGAAGACGGACCUAAUAUGAAAGUAUUUUCAUAGUUCGUGGUAAAAUUAUCUUCAUCAGAGUAUUGGAUAGUGUAUAUAAGUUAGCAUUGUCGGUGUUUGUAUGAAUCUUUGGUCAUCCAUGAGCAAAUGCAAACGAGGGGAUGUUGAUUAUUUUGAAUAAAAGAAACUUUAAGUCA